AUGAAGGACGACAAAGCGGAUACGGCGUCAAUUGACGGGUCAACGCCAGCGGCAAGUAACCAGGAAGUUCACCAUGUCGACGACGAAAAGCGAUCGUUUCAUGGAACCCUAGAUGUGGAGCGGGGACCCGUCACGGAUGUCGAGAAACAGGACAUCGAGGAAGCCAUCGAAGAACCUCGAGAUCCAAACAUUGUCGACUGGGACGGUCCUGAUGAUCCAGAAAACCCUCUUAAUUGGACGAAGAAGAGGAAAGUGUCGGCAACGAUCUCAAUUGCAUUGAUCACGCUUCUCACGCCUCUUGGUUCAUCUAUGUUCGCCCCUGGCGUCUCACAGCUGGUACAAGAUUUUCACAUUACGAGCACGGAGCUUUCAUCAUUUGUGGUCUCCGUAUAUCUACUCGGCUACUGCUUUGGCCCACUCCUGAUUGCGCCAAUUUCUGAGAUUGUCGGUCGCCGCAUCGUUUACAAUGCGUGCAACUUCCUCUACGUCGUCUUCACCAUCACUUGUGCCGUCGCUCCCGAAAUUGGCAGCUUGACGGUCUUCCGAUUCAUGGCAGGCUUUGUCGGUAGCUGUCCGCUAACAAUCGGUGCCGGCUCGAUCGCAGACAUGUUCGUUCAAGAAAGUCGAGGUGGCGCUAUGGCUGCGUGGGCUAUGGGCCCUUUAAUCGGCCCCGUUGCCGGCCCCGUUGCAGGUGGAUAUCUAGCCCAGGCCAAGGGCUGGAGAUGGACCUUUUGGGUUCUCGCCAUGGCUAGCGGACUUGUGUUUAUCAUUUCUGUCUUUACGAUCCGGGAAUCCUAUGCGCCAACCCUCCUGGCUGCAAAGACGAAGAAGCUGCGCAAAGAAACUGGAAACCAGAACCUGCGCUCUGCCUUGGACACUGGCCGUAGCCCGAUGGAUCUAUUCAUGUUCUCGAUCGUCCGGCCAACCAAGAUGCUCUUCAUGUCGCCUAUUGUCUUCCUUCUCUCCCUCUAUGUCGGCGUCGUCUACGGAUACCUCUACCUCCUCUUCACCACCAUCAGUUCCGUUUUCGAAGACCAAUAUGGCUGGUCUCAGGGAUCCGUGGGUCUAUCAUACCUGGGCAUCGGUAUCGGCUCCUUCUUUGGACUUUUCAUGCUCGGUGCCACAUCCGACCGUCUGCUCAACUACCUCGCCGAGAAGAACGGCGAGAAGAAGCCCGAGUAUCGACUACCACCCAUGAUCCCAGGUUCAAUUUUUGUACCUAUCUCCUUGUUCAUCUAUGGGUGGUCGGCCUAUUACAAGACUCACUGGAUCGUUCCAAUCAUUGGAACGUCCUUCCUCGGAAUCGGCAUGCUAAUCUCCUUCAUGACCGUCAGCACUUAUCUCGUCGAUGCCUACACGACCUACGCCGCCUCCGCCAUGGCUGCCAACACCGUCUUCCGAUCCCUAGCCGGUGCACUGCUCCCACUUGCCGGCCCCAAGAUGUACGAACGCCUUGGAUUAGGUUGGGGUAACUCCUUGCUCGGCUUCAUUGCUCUAGCCCUAUGUCCACUGCCAGUGAUCUUCUACGUCUACGGCGAGCGCAUCCGCAAAAGUCAGCUGUUCCAUGUCGAGUUCUAA